AAUCAAAUAGCACCUGCAUUUCACAACACAAAAGAAAAAAAUAAUUGGCAACCCAAAUUUAGAAAUUAAUAAUUUAAAAGGAAAUUUUUUCUUUUUUUCCUUUUUAAGACCAGACAUUUAGAAAACACAAAACCAUCAAAUUUAAAUCCGAAGUUUAUGGGUUGAAUUUGUUAUAAUUUUCAGAUUCAACAUUUCUUUCUCAUUCAUUAAAUUUUUUGGUUUGUGUUCUGCACCGCAUGCAAUGGUUAGGGACAAGUGCAAGGAUUUUGUUUUCAAGUUUAAUUUCUUUCACAAGGUUUAACAAGACUAGCUGAAGUCAUUUGUCACCUAAGCACGUCCAGAAGAAAGAACACUGUAAUUUAUGGGAAAAAAUUUGCAGCAUAGUAACUCUCCGAUCUCUAUCCAGAAUAGUGGUCCGGGAUGCAUGUGGGGUGUGCUUCAUAUACUUAAGUACCAUCAUUGGCGUUACAUUAAGAAAAGACUUCCCUACAGGAGGCCUGUAAAUGGCAAAAAUGCCAUGGGAGUUGGAAAUCCAGGAUAUGAUACAAAAGCAUCAAAGAGUGAUAGAAUGUUCCAUCGUGGCAGCAGUGGAGAUGACAGUCUUACUGUCAACGAGAAGAUGACACAGUCGACUCCAGUAACCAAUAAUUCUGUUAGAUCUCGGUUGAAAUCACUUAUAAUAGAAGAGUUGUAUAGAAUGAAGGGUCGACAUCGCCAAACCUCAUCUCAUCCUGUACAGUCGCCCCUGAUGCGAACAGAUUCCAUCCAUCGCUUGGAACCUGCAGAUAAGGAUCCCCAUGCUGGUAUAACAUUGAAUAACGAAAGUCCCCUUACUGCUAAGAACCUAAAUAAUGGAAGUCCCGCAAUUUCUGACAAUCAGAACUUUUCAGCUCCCAGCUUACUGGAUCCAUUAGUACCAAAUUCUUCGGAGGAUCAAAGUUCAGACGAUUAUAGUACCAUCCUAACAAGGAAUAACUCGGACAUUGAUGCAAAUCACUUUUUCUCUGAGGGAAAUUCAGGAAAUCAAGAUUUAGUCCAUGCCCAGGAACUCAAUGCGGAUGCUUCAACAUGGCAGUCAAAUGAGUUUAUGGAUGCUCUAGAUAUCAUUAAUUUGAAUAAAGAAUUCUUUAUGAAAGUUUUACAGGAACCAGGUUCUCCCUUUGCUCAUCAUUUCCACAGUCGCCGGGCAUUAAGCAGUAAACUGGCAUAUUCUAAGUCUCUGUCAUUCUCUUCAUCUAGCUCAUCUUCUAUGAGAGGAUCUGGGCCAAGAAAAGUUAAGGCAAAUGAGCUAAUUGAAUCUCAUGCAGUUGAGUCCAAGUCUAAAGAAUAUAUCCGCUCAAAUUCGAUGCCAUCAAUACCUGCUGAGUACCAGACAUCUCACCAUAGGAAGAAUCAAGCUGUAAUCAAGCGUUUCAAGAAUCUUAAAAAUAAGAUAAAACAUGUAAUUAGACGGAGCAAAAAUGAGAAGCAUCGGAUUGCCAUGGACGGAAUCCUUCACAAGAUUCCUCAUGGUCAAGAGCUCCCCAAGGAUGUGAAAAGUGAGAACCAUUCCGCAAACAGAGAUGAUAAUGAGAGCCCCAGAAGUAGUUGUGAGAGUCAUAAUUCUCUUCUUUCUACCAGUAAAACGGGAUCCCAUUGCUUUAGUAGAACAUCAUCACUAUGUGAAUCGCUAGAUAGAUAUUGUCAAUUAUAUGAGUUUAGUUGCAAGGGAGACGCUAAACACCAUUGUUUUGAACCCUUAAAAUUAACUGAAGAUUCACCUCAAGAAAGUGCUUCGAAAUCCAUGGGAAGAUUGUUUUCCUCACCUGACCUCAAAUCUCACUUCUGUUAUGAUGAGGAUUCUUCUGAUGCCUUUCCGUUAAGUCAGGUUAGAAAUGCUGCGGAUGCAACUGUGAGCACAAGAAGUGAUUUCAGUGAACAAUCGGAUGCAGAAAGUCAUAUAAAAAGUGAUAUUCAACAGAACCUGGAUAGUAACACAGUUCCAGUUGGAGAUCGACAAGAGACGGUAACAGUUUCUAAUGUCAAAGGAGAUGCUAAGUUGGAUGUAAUUAGUGACGAUCUCGAGGAAUCUUGCAAUAAACAGGAUACUGAACCAUCAGGAUCAGAAUCCAACAGUGUCCCUGUGUCUGGUAUCAAAUUUCAAGAGGAUCAUACUACUCCUGUGAGCCUUUCCAGUGCAGAAGAAGCAGAUUUAAAACUGACGAUAAGCCUUCCUCUUCCCGAAGAAAUUAAUUGUUGGGAGGACCAGGUGGCAGCAACAAUUAUCAAGGAUGUACCGGCAGUAGCUGAGAGUGGAAUUGAGAAAAUAGAAGUUCCAAGCAAGCAAAUCCAGUUUCAAGUGGGUGCCAAAGACAAAGCUGAAUUUGAUUAUGUGAAGGACAUACUAGAGUUAUCUGGUUUCACCAAGAAUGAACUGCUCGGAACAUGGCAUUCAGAUGACCAACCAGUGGAUCCUUCUCUGUUUGAGGAAGUGGCAGGCUGUAUGUUUCUUGAUCCUGAGUGCUCAGGAACUGAAGAAGGCUACCUCUGUUAUCACCUGCUGCUGUUUGAUCUGAUCAAUGAAGUGUUGAUGGAGACUUACGCAAGAUCAUACACCUAUUAUCCCAUGCCCUUAUCUACACUUUCCCACAUUCGUCCAAUGCCAGUGGGAUACCAUGUUCUUGAGGAGGUGUGGACAAACAUAAGCUGGUACUUAAGCUCAAUUCCAGAGCCUGACCAGUUACUGGAUCAUAUUGUGAGUAGAGAUUUAGCAAAAAGUGAUGGGUGGAUGAACCUGCAAUUUGAUAGUGAAUGUGUGGGGCUUGAGGUUGAGGACAUCAUUUUUUAUGAUCUUUUAGAGGAAGUCAUUUUCAGUUGAGCAUCUGGAAAACUCAGUUUCCAUCUGAAAGUUUAUUUGUUGAUCUACCUCAUACAUAAAAUUUUGUUUCUGAUUAACUUCAUAAUCAAUGUUAGAUACGUAUCUGGUUCUUCUCAUAACAUGUUGUAUAGUUAGAAGCAAUGUGAAUUACUUUGUACAGGUCAACCUAUAUUAUAAAUGGAGAUACGUAAGAACAUGAGCCCGUCUAGCUCAGUUGGUAGAGCGCAAGGCUCUUAACCUUGUGGUCGUGGGUUCGAGCCCCACGGUGGGCGGCUUUUUUUAUAUUAUUAUUUAGUUCUGGCCAUUUCUCUUAUGCCACGCUAUUAUAAACUCAUUAUUUGAUUUGGCAAAAAUUCAAAUAGUCAUAUGAAAAGGAGAAAUAUAUAUUUUAAUGAAUGGUAUGGGACCUUGUGACGAAUGCCUAAAACAAAUAAUUCCUUGCAGAGGUCUUGUAAUUUUCUUCCACUUUCGGCAUUAUAUCAGACAAUUUCUUCUCCUGUUCUUCCUGUCAAGAUGUGACGAGACCAGGCUUCCAUAUAUAUCCACA